GUCUCUUCGGCUUGAUGUCCUGCACCAGUUGAAUAUGUACUUAAAGUCAACACUGUUGCCAGUCAGAUUAUUUAGUUUCUUGUUCAAGUUUCGGCGUGCUUCAAACAUUUCGGCGCUCUAAUGAGCCUGUCAUCCAAUCAGGUAAAUAUUUGCUGGUCCAUACUUAACAUAAAACAAAAGGUUGAAAGUUCGAUCAAAACCAAUGAACACCUGUGAUUCAUUUGGACUAUUACUUGAACGAGUUAAGAACUGAUAAUGGACUAUCAGAAUUUUGGAAUAAAUUGGCCCUCUCUUGAUUCCUUGAGUGCUAAUUUAUCGGAAUACGUCGACGUUUUUCAAACUUCAAAGAGUUUCAAGCCUCUUAUUUCUGUUUCCGUUGGUGCUGCUGUCCUUGCGAGUUAUCUCUGGUUUCGCCAUAAAAACAAGGACAGCUUCCAUGAUCUGCCACAACGUAACUGGUUAUGGGGUCAUAUGAAAUUUUACAACAACAAUCAUGGACAUGGUAAAAUGUUCACUAAAUUGAAUGAGUCCACGAAUUAUCGAAUAGCAUAUAUGCGAGCUUGGCUCGGAGGCAACCAUCGACUCAUUUUAUUUGGCCUCGAAGAACUGAAAGAGUUAUUUAAUGUACAUGGUCAGCAGUCUAUUGGUCGUAAUUUCGGUUUGAAAGUUCACUCGGCGCCAAAAGGAAUAAUCGACUCUUCGGGACCGGUUUGGAAAAACAACAGAAGGAUCUUUCUUAAUCACUUAAGAAUCUUCGGUAGAGAAAGACAGUUAAACUUGGUUCUGGAUGAAGCCAAUCACCUCACGGAUGCUUUGGAAUCAGUGGGCGAGAAUUGCGACCCGACAGUUCUGCUUCAAUCUGCAGUUUGUAACGUCAUUGCAUCUCUGAUUUUUGGCUCUCGGUUCGAGUACUUCGAUCCAGAGGCUGAAAAGAUUUUUCAGUCCAUUCUAAAAAUCAACAAUAAACUUAAUUUAAUGCCGAACUUCCUAUUCGCGAUAUUCCGAUCAAUCUCCAAGACUGCUAAGAGCAGAAUUAGAGCUGUAGAAUCAACAAAAGCGUUCAUAAAGGAGAGAAUUCAAGAAAGGAUGAAAGCAGGGAUUCAAGUACCUGCUGAAACCUUAAUAGAUGCGUAUGCCGUGGAGCUAGGCAAAGCAGAAUGGGGAAAUGACAUCGACAAUCUGAUCAAUGUCAUAUUCGAACUCUUCUUUGCAGGAACAGAAACAACGUCGACUAGUUUGGCUUGGGUGCUUGCAUGUUUGACAGCGAACCCCGAGGUGCAAACUAAAAUUGUGAACGAGGUCCAAAGUUUUAUUGGAGACUCAAAGCUAACAAUCCAGAGCCUAAGAGAUAUGACGUAUGUGACAGCCGUGCAGUUUGAAGUUCAAAGAUUCGGAUGUAUUGCACAAAAUACGCUGCCGCACAGAAUGGUCGAAGAUGUGAAGCUAGAAUCAGGCCAAAUUGUGAAGAAAGAUGUUGUUGUAUGGCCUAGUCUCUAUCAUCCUAUGCAUGAUCCAAAGUACUUCAAGUACCCUUAUGAGUUUAACCCUGAGAACUUCCUGAAUAAUGACGGAGAGCUUGAAACUAACGAGGCUUUCAUACCAUAUGGCAUUGGACCUCGGGUCUGCUUAGGACAGAUACUGGCUGACCUGGAAUUGAAAGUGUUCAUGAUUGAGAUCUUGAGGAAAUUCAAAGUAUCGUCGAAUGACCAGAUCAACUUAAAUCACAGUGUCCAGGGAAUAACAUGUGCGCCUGUUGUCUAUACGUACAACUUUGAGCCCCGUUCUUAAGUCAUCUAAAAAUUGAUUUUAAACUUAAAUUGAAUAUCUA